AAAGUGCAAUGGUUUUAUCAGGUAUAUUUUCCACUUUUGCUCGUUGAAAUGAUACAUUUUCUAAUUUUAGAACAAACGAGCAGCCCCGCUGUGGCUAUCAACGUGUCAGCAGGGGCCGAAAACGCCGGCUAUCUCUGAUUCUGAAACGAGUGGAAAAGGCCCGGAUCCGGCUUCCAGCCGGUCACUGUCGGCUUAGACAAUUGGUUAAAGGACAAAAGGACGGAGACGGUCGGAGUGUGAUGGACAAUCACAUCAGCCCUACAUGCUCAGUGCAUCCAAAGGAGGGUGUUGUCGCGUGUUCGACCAGAGAUCCGGCGAAGGUGAAACCUCUUCGCUUGUUCCGAACACGGAACAGCAAGGAGAAGGAGUGGGUUCUUCUGCCCGAGUAAAGGCAGCUCCAGCGCGCUUUGUUCAUCAUAUAAGAUAGCUGGCUCGGCAGAUCGUCUGCCAAUCGCGAGGCGCAUCCAAAGGAAGAGUGAAAAGGGAAGAAGAUCCGCUCCUAUUCCUAGUUUGCCACCGUCGGAACAGGUGUCUUCUUUUGUAAGGCGCAUCAAGAGCGCAUCGCCUCGUGAGCAAGGAUGGAUGCCUCGAAUGAUGGUGCACUGGCUUUGCCUGGCAGUGUUUGUGAUCGUCCUGCUGGUGCAGUGCGACAGCAAGGAUCCGUACGUCACCGUGGGUGUGGAGCGAAAGGCUACACUACAGAAGAUCCGACGAGCCUACAAACAGCAAGCUAAGGAAUGGCGGAGCAGCGGUUCGUCGAGAUCAAGCAGGCAUACGAGCUACUUUCCGACUCGGAGCGUCGUAAGGCAUACGUCGUACAUAACGAACGAGGAUGCAAUCGUGAACAGGGAGCGGUCAGAUUACACCACACGGACAUUAGCCUGUACCAUCGGCUGUCGAUCACCGCCAAGUACUACGAGAGCAACAUCCUGCCCAAAAGCCGCCAAACUCCGCAAAUACUGCUGUUUUACGCCGACUGGUGCUUCGACUGUAUGAAAGCGGCCAACUCGUUCACGAAGAUGAUCGACACCGUACGCUCGAACGAUCAAUGCGGGUCACGAGGAGCAGCUGGUACGCUGGACCGGUGUACACUCACUACCGUGCAUUGUCAUGGUCCUCGACGGCCACAACUAUAUCCACCGCGAGAGCGUCUUUAAUGCACAGCAUCUGAUCGACUUCAUCCGGCACCGUUGAGCGUAAAUCAGCGCAAAUUUAAGGUACCACUCACCAAUAUGAUUUCCAUUGUAUUGAAAAACUUAAAUUUGCGCAUGUAAU